AUGGGAGACGAUGGCGGCACAUUAUUAUCUGCUGCUGUAGAUGUAGAUGAUCAUGGGCAGGGGCAGGGCCUUCCAGUUCCAGAUGAAGACGACGACUACGACGGCAUCUCCUCCUCGUCCUCGCCCACCGGGAAUAAACAUAAUAAGCAGACGAGCUGCCUUCUGCCAGCACGCAGCCUGAGAUCAACAGAUGAAGCAAGUCAUCAUAGCCAGCAAGCAGACGACGGCGUCCGGUCGCUGUCCUUCUCCAAGAUCUUCAGCUUCAGAAUGUGGGCGCCCGCCGGCUCAUCCCUGUCCAUUGAUCAACAUCAACUCGAGCAUGAUGAUGAUUAUGCUGCUGCCUCCAGAUCAGGCUGCAAGCGCCACCACUGGAGGAGAAACCAAGGAAGAAGAAGAACAACAAGAGGACAUCGCGGCCGAGGAGGCGGUGUGCCGCAUCUGCAUGGUAGCCUGUCGGAGGAGGCGGUGCUGAAGCUGGAGUGCUGCUGCAAGGGGGAGCUGGCCCUAGCGCACAGGGCCUGCGCCAUCAAGUGGUUUAGCAUCAACGGCAACGGCACCUGCAACGUGUGCAGCCAGGAGGUGCUCAACCUUCCAGUCACCCUGCGACGCCUGCCGGACCCGCUGCUGAUGACCCUGCCAUCGUUCAGUCGGCGGUGGCUCUGGAGUCUGGAGGCUGGUGGUGCUGAUGACGGAGCCCAGGAGCCAGCUGCCACUACCGUCGAUGGCUACCUCUACUCCGACAGUGGCUACUUCUACGGGCGUCACACCAGGAGGUACGUGUGGAUCUACUCUGCGGUGCAGUUCCUCUUCAUUGUGCUCUUCACGCACCUUAACUUCAAGCAGGUGUCGAUGCAAGCCGUGAUCGCCAUCAUCCUGUCCACCUACGCGGGCUUCAGCGUCGCCGUCUGCACCAACUCCGCCCUCCUCCAGAUUCUCAGAUGGAGGGCCAGGCACGUUGUGACCACAACCGCUACAGCUGCCGACGCUCAGGGCCAAGGUUCCAGUUCCAGGGACAGGGAGCCACCAGCACCAGUGGCAGUGGCGGAGCCGGACCUUGAGAUCGCUCAGCCUCAUGCUCAUGCUCCUGCUCCUGCAUAG